CCUGCCGGUACCGGUGUGGACCGUGCGGGUCUUGGCCGCGGGUUCUCCGGUUUUCCCCCUCCCCUACUUUCCUCCCUCCCUCCCUUUCCCUCCCUGGCCGCUGUCGGUCGCCCGUCGCAGACACCCUGGCCCAUCCCCAAACCCUUUCCUGACCUCGCUGCUACCCGAUUGGCCUCUUUUUCCUGUUUCUCGGCCCAUCCCCAGUCCCCAGUGUCAGGGCGGGGGCCUUGAGCCAGAGGCUCUGCGGCAGAGGAAAGAAAAGAGCAGACGACCCUCGGCUCCGCAGCCGGAUCGCUCGGUUCGCCGCCGCCAUGGCAAUGAGGCAGACUCCGCUCACCUGCUCGGGCCACACGCGGCCUGUGGUUGAUUUGGCCUUCAGUGGCAUCACGCCCUAUGGCUAUUUCUUAAUCAGCGCUUGCAAAGACGGGAAGCCUAUGCUACGUCAGGGAGAUACAGGAGACUGGAUUGGAACAUUUUUGGGUCAUAAGGGUGCUGUUUGGGGUGCCACAUUGAAUAAGGAUGCCACCAAAGCAGCUACAGCAGCUGCGGAUUUCACUGCCAAAGUGUGGGAUGCUGUCUCAGGAGAUGAAUUGAUGACGCUGGCUCAUAAACACAUUGUCAAGACUGUGGAUUUUACGCAGGAUAGUAAUUACUUAUUAACCGGGGGACAGGAUAAACUGUUACGCAUAUAUGAUUUGAACAAACCUGAAGCAGAACCUAAGGAAAUCAGUGGUCACACUUCUGGUAUUAAAAAAGCUUUAUGGUGCAGUGAGGAUAAACAGAUUCUUUCAGCUGAUGAUAAAACUGUCCGCCUUUGGGAUCAUGCUACUAUGACAGAAGUGAAGUCUCUAAAUUUUAAUAUGUCUGUUAGCAGUAUGGAAUAUAUUCCUGAGGGAGAGAUCUUGGUAAUAACUUAUGGACGAUCUAUUGCUUUUCAUAGUGCAGUAAGUUUGGACCCAAUUAAAUCCUUUGAAGCUCCUGCAACCAUCAAUUCUGCAUCUCUUCAUCCUGAGAAAGAAUUUCUUGUUGCAGGUGGUGAAGACUUUAAACUUUAUAAGUAUGAUUAUAAUAGUGGAGAAGAAUUAGAAUCCUACAAAGGACACUUUGGUCCUAUUCACUGUGUGAGAUUUAGUCCUGAUGGAGAACUUUAUGCCAGUGGUUCUGAAGAUGGAACAUUGAGACUAUGGCAGACUGUGGUAGGAAAAACAUACGGCCUUUGGAAAUGUGUGCUUCCUGAAGAAGAUAGCGGUGAGCUGGCAAAGCCAAAGAUCAGUUUUCCAGAGACAACAGAAGAGGAGCUAGAAGAAAUUGCUUCAGAGAACUCAGAUUCCAUCUAUAGUUCAACUCCUGAAGUUAAGGCCUGAGCAUUGGGCAUGUGCUGCAGAUAAUGUACAACUUAUGGACUAAAACAAGCAAGCAGAGAAAAGCAUCAGCCUCCCGGAGUUACUCUCUGCUUAAGGCAAACAUGAGCAGUAAAUUAUGGGGAAUAUGACUUAGCUCCAGUGCUGGAACUAACUUGGUGUUUGUUACCUGUACAUGAAAACGCAAGAGUAUCACAUGAAGGCAGGUGGAAGUAGGCUCUUGUGGUAUGAUGGCCUGUUGUUUUUUUAAUGAGUAUGUGCAAGCCAACAUCCAAUUUCUCUUAUUAUAAUUAGAUUUCUUGUAGCCGUUUAUGUUAUUAUGGAGAAGAAAAAUAUAUUGGCCUAUUUUUCUGAUGUUUCCCUUAAAAGCAGAAAGCCUUUUUUUUUUUCCUUUUGCUUUAGUUGUAAAGAGGAGGGAAUUCACGAUAAAGUAACUGGUUUGAUUUCUCUUUCAUUGUACACUGCUUCUGAACAUCUAAUUGUUUUAGUUGUCUAAAUAAAAUGCCUCUAAACAAAA